AGACAGACAGACAGACAGACAGAUAGACAGACACAAAAUCACCGUAGAACCUCGCCCACAAGUGCAUCGAUUUGUUUUGCCACACUUCAGAGUAGUAUACAGACAACAAGUGGAUAGAAAAAAGUGAUUUCAAGGUAGACAAAGUUGCGUGAUGCAAUAAACAGUUUGGAGAUAAAGGUUAUUGCAAAUAUCCAAGCUUUAGAGGAGGGGUAUUCUAACCAAAUGAGUCACACUUCCAGGAACUCUUGUUCCUAGAGGUUUUACCAUGCUAGGAACGUCUGUUAGGUAAAGACAAAAAGCAGUUACCGUCAUAAUGUAAGUAGCUACAUUGUGAUGGAGGUUCUAAAGCGAAGUCGUACUGCUGUCUGGAUGGGGUGUGACAACAGUAAAGUACUCCACUCAAAUGACUCAGUACCAUACCUAUGUCUUCUCUAUAUGGAUGAGAGUUAAAAAUAGGUCCACCCAUGUAGUUUUACAUUCCUCGCCCUAUGGCAUUCCGGUGCCAGCGAUAUGCGGAUUUGUGAUUCGUCAGUUUAUGGGAUUGACUUACAAGCAAUAAGUAACGGGUUCGAUUCCCGCUCCACCAACCGAGGUGUGGGCAGCCAAAUAGUAUCAUUAGCGGUCACACUAGGUGGAACUCAUAGCUUACUGCACGAACGUGCACAUGGUUGUUGAGUGCAUAUUUGUUUCACUUUUUUGCCAGUGGUGUGUAUUUUUCUCGUUCGGUGUUAGCAUAGUGAAACCUGAAUCUAGCAAUCUGAAGGUUGGGCAUAUUUCUAUAAGCCAUCAGCAGAGGAUUGUCAUUGUUUCUGGAAUACCUGUUUGAGUUCCGAUCACCCGUUAGUACCGGCCCAAACCAACAUUUAGGAACUUUAUCGGUUGGUACUUCAUCUUUGUCCUCCAACCCAGUUCUACUGCGGCUGGCACUGCAAAUUGAGGUAGGUGGGGCCCCGACAUGCGUAUGUCAAAGACUCCUCAGUUGGUGACGUUUCACAUUGACUGAUUUCCCUUCUUUCCCCUCUUUCCCUGGUGCACUUCGCCUAGACUCGACGUUGCUCACACAAUGAUUCCACUAUAUGUGUUCAUAUCUUCUUUCAACAAUAGUUUCAGCAGUGUACUAAGCGCAGUAUACUCGUCCUUUAAUAGGUGAUCAGAUGUAAUGCAGGUUGGCAAAUGCCAAGCUGGCCUUUUGUAUCCGAGCUGAGAUUUUGUCAGAAACCAACUCAUUCGGGCUGAUGCGACUUCCACAGCCACGUCAGUGUGUAAUGUUAGCCGAAGUGGGACCGGUUUGGAAGAAGACUUAGGGCGGCCAGACUGACUCGUUUUCAAAUGACUGGCCAAUUUCCUAUUUUUAUCCGAUAUUAGUGUACGUAAUAGAUUGUGUCCCAGUUUAGGUUUUUUGCAAAGUUAAAACAUGUUGAAUUAAGGGGCUUUCUGACUUUUAUUAAAUCUAUUACUUAUAUCAGUUAUGAUUGUAACUGUUUGUUUUAGGUACACUGUCAACUGUAACUCAUAUCACCAGUAGUUUACUUGGUAACUUUGAUUUACUGAAGUAAUUGAUUAUCAAAGCAUGGGUUCACAUCUUCGCGAUCAUUUGAGACUGUUUUUAUUUAGUGUUCUCAAUGAAGAUCCUCGGUUGUUAUCGAAAUGAAUAUUGAUCUUGGGGAAAAGGCUUGCUCAAAGCUUAGGAUUUUUAUCUGUUGCUUCUUACGUGAUUUAAUAAAUGAGGAGGGAGUUAUGACAAAUGGUGUGGAUUCUCAUGAUCAGAACCAUUGUCUACCUGUUAAAAAUACACCCUCUAUGCUCGAUAACACAAGACGUGUAGUCAUGCUUUCUCGGGAUGAAGUGGUAGCAUUAGCAGCUGCUACUGCUGCUGAUAAACCGAAUCCUGUCAUUUUGCCAUCAAGUGAUGGAGAGAAUGUCAGUCGCCGUAUUAAACAAUUACGUCAAACUCCACUCUUGGCUAACAGACCAACUGUACGAGGGUUUACCAAUAAACCUGUAGUGCCUACUGAAGUUAAAAGCCCAAGUGCACCAAUUUUAGAUGCUACUCCUAUCAGACAUAUUCAAAUUACUCAUGUAACUCCCCGAUUAGAGUCAAGUCAGAAGACUGAAUCAUUUAAAAAUCAUACAAAUACCACUAGUAUUACUGCAACUGCUACUACUACUAAUAGUAAUAGUAAUUCAGCUGCGACAUCUGGUUUACCUAUUUUAUCUGCAUUUUUAUCUCAAUCUUCAUUGAGCGAACGUAAACGUCAUAUAUCCGCUCCAUCGUCUGCAGUCAAUUCCGGUCAACGGCAGUCUUCCAUUGACAAUCAUUUUAAACCACAGGAAAGAUUUCAGGUUUACAGCUCGCUUAAUAAAGACAAGAGUAAUAAUAAUAAUAAUAAUAACAGCAUACCUGGUACAAAGGUGGGUAUAACUAUCAAACGGCAACUAAGUGAAGCCGUAAUAUCAAUUCGACCUGCAACUAGCCGUUUAUCAGAGGACACGUAAGCACUAGAUGCUUGUUUGAUAUCGUUGUAAUCACUGUGUUGUGGAUUAUGAAGAAAAAUAAAUAGAGUUUAUUUGAAUUCAUAGGCGAACAAUGAAGAUAUGUUUCAUUCAUACUGCAUUUCAUUCACUAAAGCUUCUAUAUCACAUCUUUUUACAUCUUUUUCCUGAUAAUUAACAACAAAUUAUUCUAGUUAUCAAUAGGCUUAAAUCUGUAUAUAGCCUCCAUUUUCAUCAUAUUGUGUACACGCAUAUUUCUGAAUAGUAAACAGAGUUUUGUAAUCACACUGUACAUUUCAUUUAUUCAUGAUGAUAGCGUUAUUACUACUACUAUGUCUGAUCAAAUACAAUUUAGUAGAGAAAAUUAUAGUGUUUAAAUAUAUUUAUAUCAUAUGUAGCGCAUUA